AUGGACAAACAAGCCAUCAUCUCAGAGUCAGGCGGCAUUCAUGUCACCAACGACGACGCAAAAGCCCAUGCAACUGAUGAAUAUCCGCAUGGUGCCCGCCUGGUUGCUGUUGUGCUUUCACUCAUGCUGGGAAUGUUUUUGGUAGCACUUGACAACACCAUCCUCGGCACGGCCAUUCCCAAGAUAACGGACGAAUUCCAUGACCUGAACAAAGUGUCGUGGUACGGGUCAGCCUAUUUGAUGACAUAUGGCUCCUUCCAAUCAACCUGGGGAAAGUUUUUCAAGUACUUUCCGAUCAAGCUUUGGUUUCUUGUUGCUGUGUUCAUUUUUGAAGUGGGCAGUCUCAUCUGCGCCGUGGCUCAAGACCCUACAACCCUUAUAGUCGGCAGAGCUAUCGCUGGCUUCGGCGGAGCUGGAGUUGGCGUGGGAGUUUUCACGAUUAUCGGGUUCGCUGCACCUCCUGAGAAACGCCCACAACUUUUGGGCUUUACUGGAGCAACCUAUGGCAUCGCCGCGGUCUUGGGACCGCUUAUCGGCGGUGCUUUCACUGACAAAGUGUCAUGGCGCUGGUGCUUCUACGUCAAUCUGCCCAUCGGGGGACUGGCUGCCGGACUGAUAUUCUUGCUCUUCAAGGCCCCAAGUAGCGCAGCCCCGGCAAAGGCUACACCUAAAGAGAAGCUCUUGCAAAUGGACCUCGUCGGUGCAGCUCUUAUGAUGGGAUUGAUCGUUUCGUUUAUCCUUGCGCUUCAGUAUGGCGGACAAACACAUUCCUGGCACAGCAGCCAAGUUGUAGGACUGCUGGUCGGCUUUUGUGUGCUCGUUGUGGUCUUUGUGGCUUGGGAAAUUUACCAGAAGGAACGUGCAAUGAUUGUCCCACGUCUCUUUAUGAAACCUUACAUUUCCGUGGGCUCCAUAUUCAUGUUCUUCUUUGGCGGCGCCUACUUCAUCAUCCUUUACUAUCUUCCGAUCUAUUUCCAAAGCGUCUAUAACAGCAGUCCAAUCGGAUCUGGUGUCAAGAUGCUCGCCUUCAUUAUCCCGCUAACCAUCGCUGCCAUCGUACAGGGAUUCGCGCUAUCCAAAAUCCGCAUUGUACCUCUGUUCUGGGUUUUAGGUGGCGCUUUAGGAACCAUCGGCUGUGGCCUGUUCUAUACUUUUAAUACUGAAACAUCUACUGGCAAGUGGAUUGGGUAUCAGAUUAUUGUUGGCUUCAGCACGGGCUGGUCAUUCCAGACUGCCAUUUCAAACGCGCAAGUCCACGCGUCACCAGAAGACAUGUCACAGGCUACAGCUAUAGUCAAUUACUUCAUGACCGUUGGUGGAGCUUUCUUUCUCGCAGCAGCACAGUGCGCCUUCAACAACCAGCUGAUUCAAACAAUUGCCAUAAAACUCCCCGAGAUCGACCCGGCGGUAGUUACUGCGACCGGUGCAACUCAAAUCCGCGAAGCUUUUACAGACUCACAAGUUUCCGUCAUCAUCGAUGCCUACAUGGUUGGUCUGAAAGCUGUCUUUGCAAUUACUAUUGCCGCCUUUGGUAUUGCCACCGUCAUUGGCUUCUUUGGCAGCUGGAAGAAGCUCCACAGUGAUGAGAUGAAGAAAGCGGCUGGUGGCGCUGCAUGA